AUGAUCUCCCCCUCCGCCGCAAUCGAGCCGUUCCGGAUCGCGGUGCCGGACCACGCGAUCGAGACGCUCAAGGCGAAACUCGCGCUGGCGACGUUCCCGCGCGAGACAACCUUCUCAAACGACAGCAACUACGGCGCGCAAUUGGACGAUAUCAAGAGGCUAGCGACCGCGUGGAGGGAUACGUUUGAUUGGAGGGCAGCGGAGGCGAAGCUCAACGAUGCGUUACCUCAAUUCACGACCAAGAUCGCGGUCGACGGCCACGAGGACGACUUGAAGGUGCAUUUCGUGCAUGCGAAGAGCGAGCGGAAAGAUGCGAUUCCCUUGCUGUUCUGCCAUGGAUGGCCCGGUAGUUUCCUCGAAGUCAUCAAGAUACUGCCUCUCCUAACGGCCAAGGCCGGAGAAGACGAACCGGCUUUCCACGUCGUGGCUCCGUCGUUACCGAACUUCGGCUUCUCGCAAGGUACCUCGAAGCCCGGGUUCGGGAUAUUGCAGCAUGCCGAAGUGUGCCACAAACUCAUGCUCCGGCUCGGCUACGGCCGAUACGCGACGCAAGGCGGGGACUGGGGGUCCCCGAUAACGCGGGCGAUGGGGGCCCUAUACCCCGACCACGUCGUCGCCUCGCACCUAAACUACCUCCUGGGCACCUCCCCGCCGACCCUGUUCUCCUCGCCGCUCCUCUACCUGCGGCACGCGUUGGAUCUGUACACCCCGGCCGAGAGAGCCGGGCUCGCGCGCACGCGCUGGUUCCGCGACCGGGGCAGCGGGUACGCGCAGCUGCAUGGGACGCGACCGCACACGGUGGGGUUCGCGCUGGCCGACAGCCCCGUGGGCCUGCUGGCCUGGAUCCGCGAGAAGCUCGUCGACUGGACGGACGCGUACCCCUGGACCGACGACGAGGUCCUCACCUGGGUGAGCGUGUACGCGUUCAGCGAGGCCGGCCCCGACGCCAGCGUGCGGCUGUACUACGAGACCGUGAACCGGCCGAGCGAUGCCGCGCUCAGCAAGGCGUGGAACGGGAAGGUCCCCUUGGGGCUGUCGCAUUUCCCCAUGGAUGUGACGGUCGUGCCGAGUUCGUGGGCGAAAUUGGGACCGGUGGUGUUUGAAAAGAGACACGAACACGGUGGUCACUUCGCCGCGUUUGAAAAGCCCGACGAGCUGGUUGCUGAUCUCAGGACGAUGUUUGGGAAGAAAAGUGGUAUUGGGGCGAAGUUGCCAUUCUAG